ACAGCCAAUCAGCGAAGGCAUUUUUGGUCGUUGCCAGUAACCCAUGUACACAAUUUAGCGAGGAAUUGUAGGGGCACUGUACGUGAACGAUCAACCAGCUUGGGAAAAAUACUUUCUAUUUGUAUACAUAGACACGAAACACCCAGCUCGACACGGAUACGUGUGUUCAGUGAUCAUAUUUCUCAUCGCAUAUUGCCAUGUAUCUCGGAGACGGGCUGCUGUUUGAACUAGAAAAUGGAAAACCCAAGUUGAUCGUGCUCAGUAACGGUGUUGAGAGGAAUCUAGGAAAGCAUUCUUUCAGGACCCGCCCGGCCAGCAUCUGGCGCUCCAGUCAGCCGCCCUGCAUGGUCCAGGAGGUGCCUGCACGUCAAGCCCGGCAGUGCACAAGUCGGCCCAGAGGUGCCAAGAACAAGGCAGGGGAGGGAUUGUCCUUCGACUCCAGUGCAGUGGCUGAGCGGGGGGUAGCCAGUCGGACAGCUUCCAAAACACAGGAGCAUCAUACAGGCGGGGGCAGAGCCAAAGUUGUACCCAAGGUGAAGUCAGACCGGCACAAAUGCAGCACUUCCACGGGAUCCCUGACAGCAGGUGGGAAUACUGGGAGGACGCAAGGCAGCAUGAAGGCAGGACCAAAGCACUCUCAGGUCACUGAGAAUAAAGGACAGAACGACACGGCGGUGUGUUUGACCGGCGAGCAGGUGCGGCAGAUCCUCAACGCCGUCCAACCCUCCAGCCAUGACCAACACACCGAAGAGGAGCAGAGCGUUCUCAGUUGUGAUGGACAUCAAGGCGGAGGAGAGAUGGAGGACAGACUAGGAUGGGCUGAAACAAAGGGAGGAGAAACCACUUUAAUAUCACCACCAAAAGACAACAGGUCACAUGGAGGUUUGUUCAGCUGGCUGGAGGAGCGCGAGGUCGACACCAAAGCAUGCGUGGAAGCCAAGAAAGCUCAGUGGAGACGGGAACUAAAUGAACAGGUGGCCCUGAAGCAGCAGCAGCAACACCAUGUGACCUCAGUCAGGCUGCAGUCAGAGGAGGACACAGCUCAGUUGUUUGGUCGACACAGAGAGCAGCCUGCAGCCAUCAGGUCCAGCCUCAGACUCGGGGCAGUGACUCCCAUGGAGGAGGUGCUGACUGUUGAGAGGAGAGAGGAGCAGAGGCGGCGCUGGCUGGAAGAGCUGGACCGACAGAGGGAGGAGACUAAGGAGCGCAGAAGACAAGAGAAGCUGCUGCAGAGUCAGAAAGAAGAUCAUGACCUCUGGGCCUCACACUUCGACUCAAUGCAGAGGAGACCCCCUGCAGCCUCUCCAGUACCGCCUCUGGUUCCGCCCCCAGUACCUAUCAGUGUUUCCAAGCGAGGGGACUGGGAUCCCUCAUCCAACUUGUCUCUGGCGUGGGACGCCUCAAGCAGCUGUGGAGCAGACAGUGUAGACCGAGCCAGCGUGGACCCCAGUAGCAGAUACACGACCAGAAGCAGCUAUCUGAGGAGCAUGACAGCCUUGCUGGAUCCGGUACAGAUGGAGGAGAGGGAGAGGAGGAGGCUCAAACAGCUGGAGCAGCAAAGAGCCAUCCAGGCACAGGUGGAGGAGCGCCGCCAGCAGAGGGAGCAAGAGGAGGCCAGGAGGAAGACUGAGGAAGAGGAGGAGGAGCGGAGACUGACGAUGGAGUGGAACAUUCUGCACACAAAAUACCAGGAGGACACACACAAGGAGCAGCUUAAGGAGCAUGGUUGUGGUGAAGUAGGAGUGAAGGAGUCACUGGAGCUCAGUGUUUUGCGUCCAGCUGACAGAUCGUCAGAGAAGAGAGACACAGCUGUACAGACAGAAGCACCUCCUCCCCUCAGAGAAGACAGUGCUCAGACUACUGGCGUACCCACUCCUUCAAACGUCAAGAAGCGAGCUGUGAGAGGAGGCAAGGAGAGAAUGUGUCUGCCUGAAGGAGGAGGCGGAGGAGGAGGAGAUCCAUAUGAAGCUUUUGCCAGGACAGAGAGGAGCAACGAGAAGAGGAGGCCUGAGUGGAACACACACAGGCCCAGUCGGCGCUUUGUUCCUGCCUCAGAGCGCUACCCGGUCACGCUGCAAAGGAGUCGCCAGGAGAGUCGACUCAAGAGGCAGGAGGAGCUUCUCACCCUGCAGGAUCGGAACUGCCUGUCCAGAAGUGGCGCUCCUCCACCUCAUCAGGAUGCCCAGCUCUCCUCCAAGGCAACUCAGUCUAGAACCAGCAAGGUGGACUCCAACAGUCGCAACGUCCCUGCGGUUGUCAGCACUGAAAGGGGGAGCAUUCCUGCCGUCAAACAGCACGCACAGCCGCCUGUCCUAGAGUUCAUCCCUUACGUCCGCACUGAUGAAGUCUUCAAUCUGGACCCCACAGAGCCCGCGAACACACCCCCUCCACACACAGUUUCUCUUCCUUCUGAUGCAUCGCAUGGAGACCUUCUACUUGGCAAUACACAGCGACAGCAGGAGAUCCUGAAAGGGCUGGCACAGCUACGCCAGGGUUUGCUACAGAAGCAGAGGGAGCUGGAGACUGAUUUGAGGCGCCAUGACGAUCAGCGCCUAUCACCUUCGACGACAGAGUGACUUUCUGUUCAACAUGAUCACUUGUAGCACUGAGUCGCCACCACUGAAGACACAGAAUGGUCAAAGACAGGGGUGUCCAAAGUCCGGCUCGCGGGGGCUGUUAAUAAAAAUCUUUAUCAAUGAGAAACUAUUAGAUAUUACACUAAUUUGCUUUGUAACCUCUAACACAAAGCUAAUAUGUAUGUUCUGUUCGGAUAGCUUAGCAUAUACAGUAUUGUCCUACAUUGGAUAGGUUUUAGCAUCUUUUAUGUACAAAAUCUAUCAAAGUGGCCCCCGCAACCCGUCAAUUUUUCUGUAUGCGACCCUCGGUGGAAAAAGCUUGGACAUCCCUGAUCUGCACGUCUUUAUCUCAAUUUUCUAUUAAUUUAUUGCAGUUGCCAAUAAAGUAGCAAGUGUGUGACUUUCUA